AAAUCAAAGAUUGCCCCGAAAUAACGGAUUUGUAUACUUCUUAUAACAAAUUAACUGAGUUAGAUAUUAGUGAGUUAAAAAACCUUGAAGUAUUUGCUUACUCAGAUAAUAAUUUUUCCCCUAGUAAAAUGGAUGAAUUUAAGGCUAAGAAAUUAGCCCAAGAAAGAGCAAAUGGCAAACCAAGAGUUCCUAUAACUCCUGAUUUUCUAAUUGAUAAUGAUAAAAUAACUGAGGUUGAUAUCUCUAAUGAAACUGUUGAUAAUUGUGGUUUAACUGAAUUAGUAAUAGAGAACUGUCCGAAUUUGAAGCAUUUAAGUUUUGCUUUUAACAAAGUUAAAAAUAUUGAUUUAACUGGAUUAAAAAAUUUAGAAAAAUUGCGAUGUUCGAGUAACAAGUUGACAAAAUUAGAUUUGAGACGAAAUAAAAAAACAAAAGGUUUGCUUUGUGAUAAUAAUCCUAUUACUAAAUUAGAACUAAAACAUUUAAAGAAGUUGGAGAGUUUGUAUUGUUUUAAGUGUAAUUUAAAUGAAUUAGAUGUUACUGGUUUAAAGGAUUUAAAAGAGUUGUAUUGUGCUAAUAAUAAUAGUAAAUGUUACAAUUUUUCUUUAAAAAAAAUAGGAGGUUUAACUACUUGCGAGAGUUUAAUUGAAUUGGACUGUGCUGAAAACUCUUUGACAGAAUUAGAGAUUAGUAAUUUAAAAAACCUAGAAUUUGUUUCUUGUAAAGAAAGUCAAAUUUCAAAGUUAAAAGUUGAUGGAUGUAGUAGAUUAACUUAUUUAGAUUAUAGUGUUCAAAAAUCAUAUGAUGCUCGUGAAAUUCAUGAACUUAGCGAAUCUUUUAAACAGGCUAUUAAUAAUAAAAAUCUUUCAGAAUCUUUAAGAAAAAUUGUUUUAAAAAAAGUUCUCUCUCGUCUUGAAAUUCCUCUUUCUUCUUUAGUUAAUAUGCAAGAGACGGUGGAAAAAGUCAAGAAAUGUUUAAUGAAAAAAAUUAAAGAAAUAAAACAAAUUAAAAACCUAAAUGGCAAAGAUGUUCCCGAAUUUGAAGAAUAUUUAAAAGAAAAAAAUCUACGCCAGCGAUCCUCCAAAAACAAAAUCAAAAGAGUUUUUAAAAAAUACUACUCCAAUUUUGAAAAAUUAAAAGACUUAUUAAAUCCUGCCAAAACCCUCCAAGAGUUAGAAGAAGCUUGA